AUGGCUGAAGAAAACACAACUAAAACUGCAUUGAGAAUUGCGGGUGCGGUCCUCUUGCCAAAUCUAGGAGGCAUGAUUAAUGGCCGAUUGACGCGCAAUCAUUUGAAGAACUGGUAUGCCAAUCUAAACUUUCCAUCGUUCAGGCCGCCAAACUGGGUGUUUGCUCCCGUUUGGACAUCGCUCUACGCUGGCAUGGGCUAUGCUUCUUACCUGGUGUGGCGCGACGGCGGCGGCUUCAGCGGCGAUGCCCAGUUGCCCUUGAUCGCCUAUGGCACUCAGCUGGCGCUGAACUGGGCGUGGACUCCGAUAUUCUUUGGCAAGCAUAGCAUUAAGGGCGGGCUUAUUGACAUUGUUGCGCUUACGGCAACGGCAGGCGCAUGUGGACUGCUCUUCUAUCGCAUCAAUCAGACGGCCGGUCUUUUGUUUUUGCCAUACAUGGCCUGGUUGGGAUUUGCCACUGCAUUGAACUAUGCCAUGUGGAAGCUGAAUCCUGAGCAGCCCAAUCAAGGUGAGCAAGCUGCUCCGUCGCGCAAGCAGCAAUAAUUGCUGAUUGAUACAGGUCAUAAGGUUUUUGUUUUAAAAUGUUUAUUUUUCGAUAGAAAAUGUAAUCGUCACAAAAUAAAAUCGCAUCGGCAUUAUCGAUAAGUUGCAGAGUUGCAUAUGCGGCACACUGUCCAUCAUUCUGCUUCUUCAUCUUCGCCGAACGUUAAUUUUUGAAAA